GAUCUGAAAGCUAAUGUAUUAUUAGUAAUUAUAUUAUUGGCAACAUUUUUAAUUUGAUAUUUGUGGUUUUCUUCUGUCUAGUCAAAAUUUAAUGAAAGAUAUAAAAAACAUCUUGUAUGUAUGUGUCCAUGAUUCUGUAUCAUUCUACACUUGCAUAGUUACAUUUAAUUCAAGUAUUAGCAGAUCUUGUUGAAUGCAAAUAUGAAGUUCUAUAGUUUUUAAAGAUGAUGUUGCUACAUGGUUUUUGGCAAAUGAUGUAUUAUUGCAAAUGCAUGUUCAGCAAGAUAACCUGAUAAAUUAGAGGUUUUUUGCAAGUCUUGGCAAAUGGGAUGCUUCCAUAUGUAGGGCUCCUAGCCCUACCAAUUAAAAAAAAAAAUCUAAUUGAUUUUUUGUGGACAAUUUUAAAAAGAGAUAGAAUUAGUGAUGGGAGAACAUAGCCAAUGACUAUACAAGAUCCCCUAAAACUGUAAUAAUAACUGGAGUGACUGGAUGAUGAAUGCCUUUUCUGGAAGCAUUCUGUGUUCUAGUGCAGUUAAUGGGAUUUAUCCUCAAGUAACUGUGCACAGCCACUGCCUAUACUAGACAAACAUUCAUGAGAAUGGCAUGAUAAAAAAGCUGAGGAUUAACAGCUAUAGAUAAGGAAAUGCUGUUCAACAGCUAUCACAAAAACCAUUACAAGAGUCAUAUUUUAAGAAAUAUGUUUUCUUUUGCUUAACUAUCCUGACAUUUUGUUAUUUAAAUCCUUGAUUUUGGCCCAUAAUGCAAAAUAGAUUGUUUGAAUUGUUCCAGGACCUGCUGAACUAUUAAAUGGAGUCUCUGUCUGCUUUUGUGUUACUGUAUGAAAGUGACUGACUAGUGAACCAUGUGGACCGAAAAUAGAAUGAAGAUAAUGGUCUGGAUUUAAUACCAAGAAGUAAUUUUCAUACAAAACACCAGUCUCCCAACUAAGUAAACAUGGGUGAUUGGAGCUUCCUAGGAGAAUUCCUUGAAGAAGUCCAUAAACAUUCAACAGUAGUGGGGAAAGUCUGGUUGACUGUCCUUUUUAUCUUCCGGAUGCUUGUCCUGGGCACAGCUGCAGAAUCUUCCUGGGGAGAUGAACAGUCUGAUUUCAAAUGUGACACUCAGCAACCUGGUUGUGAGAAUGUUUGCUAUGACAAAGCAUUUCCAAUCUCCCACAUCAGAUACUGGGUCCUUCAGAUUAUCUUUGUCUCCACACCAUCCCUGUUGUACAUGGGUCAUGCAAUGCAUACUGUGCGCAUGCAGGAGAAGAGGAAACUUAAAGAGGCCAAGGAAGGAUCAAGGACAAUCCAGAGCAAGUGUGACUCUUUUUCCCAGCAGGAUUAUCCAGCACCAGAGAAGGCAGAACUGUCCUGCUGGGAUGAACCCAGUGGGAGGAUAAUUCUUCAGGGCACUUUGCUCAACACCUAUGUCUGCAGUAUUUUAAUCCGUACCACCAUGGAGAUUGCUUUCAUUGUUGGGCAAUAUAUGCUAUACGGAAUCUUCCUGGAGACCCUCUACGUCUGUCACCGGCAGCCCUGUCCUCAUCCAGUCAACUGUUAUAUCUCUCGGCCAACAGAAAAGAAUAUCUUUAUCAUUUUCAUGCUUGUGGUAGCAGCCUUCUCUCUCUUCUUAAGCCUGGCUGAACUCUAUCACUUAGGAUGGAAGAAAGCCAAGCACAUCUUCUCUCAGAAAAUCAGCCCUCCUCCAGCAAUUGCCAAACUGGAGGGAGACUCUCAAGUGAAGACAGAUGAAAGCUGCACCCCUCCUCCAGAUUUUAAUCAGUGUUUGGACAACCCUACUGGGAAAUAUAUCAGCCCUUUCAGUAACAAAAUGGCCUCUCAGCAAAACACAGUCAACUUUGCAACAGAGAGAGUUCACAAUCCAGAUGAUACAGGUGGAGAAGUCCCCUUUAUCCAAGUAAACUACAUGCAACAUCCAGAAGCCAGUAUAAAUUCUGCACCAAAUUUGACCCCCAAUGGAUGCUUUCAGAACAAACGCAGACCCAGCAAAACCAGCCACACAAGCAGCAAGGCAAGGUCUGAUGACUUGUCAGUGUGAGGUGCUUCUAGUGAAGCUAGAGGAAGGGAAGAUGCUGUUAUGGCAAAUCCCUGCAGUUAAGUUUUUGAAAUCCUGCCAGUCUAAACUCCAGAUCAGUUAGCCAAUUAAUUCAAGUUUAGUUGACAUAUUCCAAAAAAGCUUUUUGCAUGCUUUGAAUCCAUUACUGUUCCAAAAGAACUGUUGCAUUUCAAAACAGCAAAGCAGCUUUGGCAGUUACAUGGAGUUCUUAUGCUUAAGGUGAUUAUCUCAUAAUCCUCCACCUUUAAGACACUGCAACUUCCCCAAGAACCUUGGGUAUUGUAGUUUGGGGACAAUGCUGAGGAGUCUCUGUUCCAAGCCCUUGCAAGAAUUACAGUUCUCAAGAAUUUUUGACUGGACUCAGGAAGAGAAUCAAGUUGUAAUUCUGGAGAAAAACUCAGGGCAUUUUCACAAUCCUCUAUGGGAUUAGCUCCAGGCUGAAUGGAUUUCAUGCUGUAAUCUGUUUUUUUGAAUUGAGUCAGUUUAUUUCUGACUCUACUCAGGUUUAUUUAAAACUAUUGAAAAAAAUACUUUUCUUUUAAAUCAUGGAGGUUCUGCAGACUUUCUGGGCAGCCUAUUUUCUCACUGGUGAUAACUAUUGUCUUACUCUUCCUCUCAGUUCCUGGGCUCAAACUAGCCAUUACUACUCAACUCCAUAGAAGUUCAAAGUCCUGUUCACUAACCUUGACUCUUCUCCAUGCAUUGUUUACAAUAUGCCUCUCCCUCUCCAAAUCCAGCCACCACAGUCAUAUUGCAAGCAUGGAUACAGCUACUGGGAAAAGGCAGAACAGGUUUUACAAGUGAUGGGGGCAUUUAAAUGCAAACAUGGAAUAGUGGCAGAGUGGUUAAGAAGCCUUUGGGCGAUGCCAGAUGUUUCGCUUAGUUUUUCUUUUACAACUGAACUUUCCUCCCCUAUCUUCCCACCAUUGCUGCUUUUCAGAUUGUUUUGCCAGCCACAACACCAAUGCAUAUAAACCCAUACACUGAAAACACAUGGAUAAAAGGGCAGUAACAAUUUCUUGGAAUUCAUCUUUGUGUGGAAUGGGAUGAGGGGAUUUUAUUAUUCCACAGCUGAUAGCAACUCAGAGGAUGGAACACUUGAAGUACAUUUGACAUUCUCCUUUUGGUAAACUAGAGGAUGAGCACUGAUUGACUCAUGGGGGUUCCUGAAUUUUCUAUGUUUCAAAGACAACAGAUGUGAAGACAAUAGCAGAUCAGAUUAAAAAUGCUUUGUGAGGGAUUUGGGGGAAGGCUAUGUGGAAAUGUUACUGAUGUGGAAUUUGCAAUCUAAAUUUGCAACCAUGCUGUGUAUCAUGUUGUGAGGUAUGUAGAAAGGAGCCAGGAUACAUAGCACUACUUUUUUCUCUCCUGUGAGAUGAAGCUCAAGCACUGUAAUUCUAAUUUACAAUGCAAACAUGGGGCCAAGGUCUACUCCACCUCUCUUAAAAUCAUUAGACCAUUUGCAAGCACUGUAACAAGUAAUCUCCCUCCUGUUGGAAAAGUAAAAUCUCAAAAUCGUUGAGACAAGAAAUUCUUCUUGUCUCAAAACUAUGUAGAACACCAUGCUAAUACCAAGUAAAAUACAAUGAAUUCUACUUGAAUUUUUGAUAUAUUUGUCUAUAAUAAAUCUAGAAUUCUGAAUGGCCUCAUAUUAAAUAUGCACCAUCUCAGCAAGAUAGCAAUUGAAAAUACUUUUUUUGAGUUAUUUCAACAAAAAUAUUUACUUGAUAUAAGGUUUCCCACUGAAAUUAAUACUCUUAUAUGAAACAUGAAUUAAUUCUCCGUGGAACACUAAUAAAUUGUGGGGUUUUUUUAAUGUCAUACUCUUUAUUCUUCAUUUAAAAGUUAGGAACACAACCACAUCAAGGAACAAAAAAGGAAACAUAAGAUCACAGAGGCAGAUAAUCUUACCACAUCCAAACACCAUGUUUCUCUUUAGUAGAUUUUUUAGCAUGAGGGGGUCAUAGGAUGACAGCUGUUAGUGAUGUUAUAACAUCCUGUGAAAAGAUAGGCUCAAAUUGGAAAGGUAGGUUUUCAUGGAGUUUUUAGGAAUUUUCCUUUCAGUUUCAGGUGUGGACCAUUUUCUCACAACAGAAAUGUGCUAAGCCUACUCUGAAGACUUACUGCACUUUUUUUUUUAGCUUUCUGACAGAAAGCUGUCUAUUAAUUUUCAACAAUUUGUGAUAGAAUUUUACUGGUAUGAUCCUAUUGAGGUCAGAACAUGCCUAAAAAGUUGACCACAUCUGUUUAUGAAGUCAACAGUACCAAUAUCAGUUCUAGUUGUUGCUGAAUAAUUCCUGUGGUGAAAUAGGUAAGCAGAAGACACUAGUAGGAGAUGAAAACUGGGGUAGCAACAGGAGGCAUAGUCAGGCAAUUAAAGAAGGCAAGAUAAUCUUUAAGCAACCAAAUCAGAAGAUCCAUGUUCAGGAGUUGGGGAUGGCUGAUAAACAAUUUUUAUAGCAUUUCUAGCACAAUCUAAAUUCAUGCCAGACCUACAGGAAAUACAAAUUUCAGGUGAUAGUUGUUUCUGCAGCUUUCUUUGGGAAAUAGAAAAACCAGGUCCUGGACUUCAGAUAUCUGACUUCAAGCUGCAGAGGUGCUAGAAAUGUCUGAAUUUCUUUACAGGAAGCCAAAGGCCCUGAUCCUUCAUCUAAGACCUUAACAAUUGAUUCACAUCCACUUAUUAAGUCACUAGAGAUUUUGCUCACACAUGACUAUUUUGACUGGGAUUUUUUUACUAUGGGAUAUUAACUAGUGGGUCAGCUAUGAUUAAUUCUUUUUUCCUUUAAAAAGCCCGUGAACACUGAUUUAGAGUAGAUGUUCCACUCAAUACCAUACAAGAAACAUUUAAUUUGCUCAUGUGGACCAGAAUAGUUUGAGCAUCAGUCUGAAUGGAAGCAAGCUAAGGAAAUUCAUUUCAUCUUCUACUUGUAACAAUGUGCUCCACUUCAUUUUCUAAAAUAUUUGUUUUCACAGUGUCAUAUAUGGUGCACAAGUGAUUGAAGAGAUAGGAAAUUAGUGCCCUCACUGUUUUCAAGGCAAAUGAGUAUUUCCUCCUGUUUCUAGGGAAGGAAAGUAAGGGCACUGGGAGUAUUUGUUUUUGUGCUAAAGGACUUGAGAAAGGCUAAAGAAAGUUUGUGUCUUUAAGCUUCCUUUCUUUAUGGUCUCUAUUUUCCUGUGUAAUGUAAACUCCAGAUGGGAAAAUGCAUGUUAUCUUUGAUCAUGUACUGUGUCUUGUUAUGUUUUAAUAAA